AUGGAGCAAAGCAAGGGUAGGAGAUUGAUACUCUUCCCAGUACCUCUUCCAGGUCAUGUAAUACCGAUGCUAGAGCUAGCCAACCUUCUACAUUUCAAAGGCUUCUCCAUAACCAUAGUCCACACCCACUUCAACAAACUCAACCCUUCAAGCUAUCCGCACUUAACCUUUCACUUGAUCGAUGAAGGCUUGUCUGAAAGCGAGGCAUCCACAAAGGACAUUGCCCAUCUAUUGACUCUUUUAGAUCAGAAAUGUGCUGAACCACUCAAGGAAUGCUUGAUCAGCUUGCUAUCUGAUGAUUCGAAAGAGCCAGUUGCUUGUUUGAUCACCGAAUAUCGCUUCUACUUCACUCAAUCUCUUGCUGAGAGUUUGAAGCUACCAAGGCUACUGCUAAGGACUGGGGGUGCUUCUUCCUUGGCUGUUUAUAUUGCCUUCCCUCUUAUGCGUGAAAAGGGUUACUACCCUAAACAAGAUUCUCAACUAGAAGAGCCGGUGAAAGAGUUUCCGCCUCUGAAAGUGAAAGAUCUUCCAACUAUCAAAACCAAGCAGAAUCCAGAACAGUUUUUUCAAAUGACCGCCAGUCGCUUGAUCGAUGAAGCGAAUGCUUCACAUGGAGUUAUUAUCAACACUUUUGAAGAUAUCGAAGGAAAGGCGCUUAUAAGACUUCGUGAUGAGCUAUCCGCUCCGAUUUUUGGAGUUGGUCCAUUUCAUAAGCCUUUCCCUACAACUGGUUCUUCAGGACCAGGUUGCACACUGAACUUGCCACAAGACCAGAGUUGUAUUUCAUGGCUCAACACCCAAGCACCAAAUUCUGUUAUCUAUGUUGGGUUUGGGAGCCUUGCUACAAUAAGUGAAGAGCAAUUUUUGGAGCUAGCUUGGGGUCUAGCCAAUAGCAACCAACCGUUUUUGUGGGUGGUUAGAUCCGAGUUUGUUCAGGGUUCGAAAUGGCUUGAAGCGUUGCCUGAUAAAUUGCUCGAAACUUUGUACGGGAAGGGCCACAUUGUGAAAUGGGCACCGCAGAAAGCAGUGCUGGCACAUUCAGCAGUCGGAGCCUUUUGGACUCACAGCGGCUGGAACUCUACACUAGAGUGUAUCAGUGAAGGGGUUCCUAUGAUCUGUAUGCCAUGUUCUGCUGAUCAAAUGAUAAAUGCUCGGUAUGUGAGUGAUGUUUGGAAAGUUGGGUUGCAGUUGGAGCAUGGGAGAGAAAGAGGUGAGAUUGAGAAAACAAUUAGAAGACUAAUGGUGGAGAAAGAAGGUGAAGAAAUCAGACAAAAUAUGUCAAACCUAAAGGAGAAGGCAGAUCUUUGCUUCAAACCAGGUGGCUCCUCGUAUGAAUGCUUGGAGGGCUUGGUUAGACACAUUUUAUCGUUGGAAGCCUGGAAGCCAACUGCCAACGUUCUACAAACUCGGACUGAAGCUACUAUGAAUCCCCUAUUUGGUCUUAAUGGUUAGAUUAGUUGCCAAACAAG